AUGGUGCUUUACAAGAGGCAGGUUGCCUUCGUGUUAUUCUUUCUGAUUGUUUUGGCUGGAGUUCAAGGGAAAUCGAGAUUUCCUGAUCCGCCAGUCUUUGCGUCGCCGGUUACGUAUCCAAGUGUUUGUUAUUUGCCACCAGGUUUGUGAGGCGGGAUUUUUUUUGGGGAACGAGAAUUUGGAAAUGAAAAUUGAAUUAUUUUUUGGAACUUACUUUUUUCUACGUUGAAUUCGUAAGAAGAGAUUUCCUACUGUAACACAUUUUGAAUUGAGAAAAAAAAUAGGUUCGAAAUGGAAAAAUGGAUUGGGAUCAAUUUUUAUGAUUUUCAAGAAUAUUUUUUACUAAAAAAUGUGAGUUUUCUGAACUCAAAAAUUGUUAUCUGUAAAUCUAAAGUUUCCCAUUUCCUAGAAAAAUUGAUUUAAAUUAAAUGUAGGCUUUCAAUUUCCUUAUUCACGAAAAUUUGGAAACGGGUUAAAUGUAUUUUCAUGGGGAAUUUUUCUCGAAUUUUUUUGUUAUUGAAACAACCACUUUACAAAAAUAUUUAAAAUUUCCACUUUUCAAAAAAAAAAACUCUAACAAAAUCUGCAUUUUUCUAAAACUUAAAAAAAAAUUUCCUCAAUUUUUCAGACUCUGCGCUUUGCGACAACUCGGCCAACUCAUCCGAAAUGGAACUUCUAACUCGCUAUUAUUUCGACGUCGCCACUCAAGAUUGUUAUCCAUUUGGUGUCCAAAAAUGUGGAGGAAAUCAAAAUCAAUUUAUUGCUCGAAAAGAAUGCCUGGAAUUCUGCAAAUCUUCCGAGAAUUAA